GUCGCGAUUUGUCACGCUCGUUGUAUCGAUAAAGUCUAUCUCCCAUGGCUGUCUCGACUUGUUUGUGGUAUGUAUCCCUCUCUGAUCAAAAGGCGGCAGUGUUGCAUUUCUGCGUAUUCCUUUUUUCGGGAGCAUAACGACCAUGUUCUUGUCGAAAUGGGUUCUGUAUGAUAUUUCCAUGUCGGCGCAUUGUGGGUCGAUUGCUCACUCUCGUGGGCAAGGCAUGCAUGGUUUCUUUUUCCUUGUUUCUGCUGCUUGUUAGCGUCGUUCGAGUUCUGGUGCGGAAGCAGGAUGAGGGCGUUGGAUGGUUGGUCUAUUGCAUAAUGAAGCGUGCGUUACGGAUGAAGGCUCGCAUAAAUACAAAGAUGAUGUUGAUUGAAUGGCGGACGACGUGCGUGAUUGGAGCGUACGUGACACGUGAGGUGUUGAGAUCAGCACUCUGCGUCUCUGAACUGAUGGCUGGUUUCUAGGGGGGCGAGAGAAGGCCAAAUCUUCUACUACUUGCUACAUGUUCAAUCACAUUAAUCAAUUAGAAAAACUCGACCUGUGUCGA